CGUACCCACCCACCGCUCUGGUCUGCCCCGGUCCGGUCAUCAUGUUCUGCUCCCAGCUCCAGCUCCUCCUGGUGUCCCUCUGCACAUCUGUGCUGCUGGAUCGCAUCAGCGCCGCGCCACACAGGGACAUCCUGGAACAGAUCAACAGAGACAACGCCAACGGCGAGGAGGAUGCCACUGAGGACGUGUCUGAGAUGCUGGCCUUGAAGCUCCUGGAGGGUCUGAUCGGCGAGCGUAACGAGGAGAACUUCUUCCCAGACCGCGGCCCCAACGGUCUGCGGGGACAGGUGCCACGGCAGCUCCCCAACUCCCAACGGGAGCGCAAGGCAGGAUGCCGCAACUUCUACUGGAAGACCUUCACCUCCUGCUAGCACAACACCAGACAUGAUCCCACUAUUGCACUUUCCAAAGGGAUUAAUUUAUACAGGUGAUCAAUUCUCUACCAUGUCACUGUAGAACAACUGUAGAACUGUUUUGCUUUUUGCUUAC